AUGUAUAUUUUGUGUUCAGGCCAUGAAACAGAGUAUGACUCAAAAUGGAGUAAAUGUUGCAAUGGAUCAAUGCAGUCACCUAUUAAUCUAUUGAACAAAAGAGUUAAAAUGGUUUCCCAUUUAGGGAGACUUGAUAGAGACUACAAGCCUUCCAAUGCCACUCUUAAGAAUAGAGGCCAUGAUAUGAUGAUGGGAUGGAAAAGUGGUGCAGGAACAGUUGAAAUAAAUGGAACUGAAUAUGUUCUCCAACAGUGUCACUGGCAUUCACCUUGUGAGCACACCAUCAAUGGCAGGAGGCAUGCUCUAGAGAUGCAUAUGGUUCAUAAGAGCCAGGAUGGUAAGGUUGCUGUGGUUGGAAUUAUAUACAAAACAGGAAGUCCAAACUCGUUCUUAUCAUCUCUGAGUGACCAUUUGAGAAUGGUGGGUGGCCCCAAAGAAGCAGAGAAAGUGGUGGAUUUAAUUAAUCCAAAUGACAUCAAGAUUGCUAGAAAGUAUUACAGAUACAUGGGAUCUCUUACAAGUCCUCCUAGCACAGAAAAUGUAAUCUGGACCAUUAGCAGAAAGGUGAUGACUGUUACCAAAGAACAAGUGAAAUUGGUUCGUGUAACAGUUCGUAACGACUCUGGUACAAAUGCAAGACCUUUACAACCACAAAUGGACGAUUAG